UAUCCUGUUUCAGCUGAUCAUCAGAUUUUAUUGAAUCCUAACUGCAAGUUGGUGAAUUUAGCAGAAGUCUUGAGGGAGAAAUGUCAAUGUGGAAGUGAAGUUUCUAUAGAUCUCCUGGAUGAAUCAGGAACAUUAAUAAAUCUCAGUGAUCUGGAGGGCUCCCAAGAAGUUGCUACUAAUCAUCUAAAGGAAAGGCAGUGCUAUAUAUUGGUCAAAAUAAUCCGAGAAGGAGCAGAGCAAGCCCGCUAUGAAUCCAUGUUGGAGAACCUUUCGAAACGUCAUCCAGAGUUAGCAGAAAUGAAGAUUACCGUGUGUGUCUUUCUUUGCCAGAACGCCUACAAAAGCUGUCUAAUCCUCAUAUAA